AUGUUUCCAACUAACAACUCUUCCUCUUCCUCAGACAUGUCAUUGUCGAAUUCCGAGGGCUCUCAUUGGAUGACAGUUCCUAAUGAGGAGAUGCAGUUAGCUGCGACUACCCCGAAGAAGCGUGCAGGGAGGAAGAAGUUCAAGGAGACUCGCCACCCAAUCUAUAGGGGUGUGAGGAAGAGGAACAAUGAUAAAUGGGUUUGUGAAAUGAGGGAGCCUAACAAGAAGACUAAGAUUUGGUUAGGCACUUUUCCAACGGUCGAGAUGGCAGCCCGGGCACAUGAUGUUGCCUCAAUGGCAUUAAGGGGCCGCUACGCCUGUCUCAAUUUUGCAGACUCAGUGUGGCGGCUCCCUAAACCUGUCACCAAUGAGGUAAAAGAUAUACAAAAGGCUGCUACUGAAGCCGCCGAGCUAUUCAGACCAGAGAAGACUUUAAUGACUAAUGACAAUGACAAUAACAAUAACAUGGCGGUAGUUGCUGCCGCUGCCACAGAGGAACAGAGUAUGCUUUGUCCGGAAGAGGAAGAUGUGGGAGAAAUGAACAUGCAAGAGAUGUGGAGGAAUAUGGCGCUUCUGUCUCCUACACAUAGCUUUGAGUAUCAUUAUCAAGAUAAUACACAAGACUUUCAAGAUGAAGAGGUAUCACUAUGGAAUUUUUAA